AUGGCAAGUAGCAGUGGAAGUGGUAGUGAUAGUGGUAGUGGUGCGGGUGGUAGCGGUGCUCCAGAUUGGUGCCAGUUUGGAGUAGCCGGUUCGAACAACGACAUCAAUGUCCUACAGUCGUCCCCUCUUUUCAACGACCAAGAACUUGGCGUUGGUCCGGCUGUCAGUUUCGUCGCCAACGGCAACCAGCACAACAUUAGCUACUAUUUGGCGGAUGAGAUUUAUCCUAUGUGGCCCGUCUUCGUGAAGACGAUUAGAUGCGCAACAAAAGAUAAGAAGAAAUACUUUGUGAGUCGUCAGGAGGCAGCGCGCAAGGAUGUGGAGUGGGCAUUUGGUGUGCUCCAGAGUCGAUGGGCGAUAGUGAAGGGUCCAUCGCGGUUGUGGCAUAUGGACUGCAUCGCUGAUGUCAUGUACGCAUGUAUUAUCAUGCACAACAUGAUUGUCACAGAUGAAGGUGCAACACUGACUGAUUGGGCCAGUGAUGAUGAUGAUGGUGCCGGUCCAAGCCACGGGGUACCCCAAGAAGGGGCCGACCGGGUGCGUGCGUUUGCCGACAUGCGCCAACGACAAGCCCAUAUUCGACUCCAGAACGAUUUAAUUGAAGAGCUAUGGUUGCGUCGGGGUCAUCGUUGA